UUAGCAUAUGGAAUAAAAGCGUUUUUAAGAGAAUAUAGGCGAUGGGCAGAAAUAUGAAAGGUAUGGAGAAGAAGUAUGAUGAAAUCUUCCAAUUCCUCUCAGUAGGAGAUUACCCAUCCGGGUAUAAUAGCUCGCAGAGACAAUGCUUUCGAAACUCCACUGCCAAAUAUACAUUAAAGGAAGGAAAGCUCUUUGUCGGCGGAAGAACAGUCUUAAAAUGCAAAGAAGAAGCGAGAAGGAUAUUUGAUGAAGUUCAUUCUGCACCGAUUGGUGGCCAUUCAGGAAUUAAGAAGACGCGGUUGGCAAUCUCCUCCCAAUUUUAUUGGCAUGGAAUGACAAAAGAUAUUGAGAACUGGAUCCAGGACUGCGCAAAGUGCCAGGUGGUUGGAAAGCAUCCGUUAGCUCCCGAGCCGUUAGAGUGUUUUAAGGUGUCUGCUGCCUGGGAGCUGGUUGGGAUUGACCUGACGGGCCCUAUACCAGAGACAGUGGAUGGCUUCCAAUACAUUUUAACGGCCACAGAUUACUUCUCCAAGUGGGUAGAGGCUUUUCCUUUGAAGGCAAAAACUGCUGCCGAGGUGGGACGUCAUCUUUGUUCCCUGAUAUACCGACAUGGUUGCCCAAAAAGGAUACUUUCUGACCAGGGCGGAGAAUUUGUAAAUCAACUUAAUGACCAGAUGUGCAGUGUUCUAGGCAUAGAAAGAAGUGUGACAGCGGCGUAUCAUCCGCAGACAAACAGUCUGGAUGAGAAAACAAAUGACAUUAUUAGGAGAGCUCUCUCUAAACUGGUCAAUGAAAAACAGAACAACUGGGAUAUGUAUUUGGAAUCUACAUUAUUUUCCAUCAGAUCAAAGGUCCAAACCACAACCAAAUUUUCUCCGUUUGUUCUCAUGUAUGGGAGGGAGGCAGUUUUCCCAGCUGAAGUUCCUGUUGAUCUGCCGGAGGAGAGAGGACUGCAGGCAUCACUGACCCCCAAAUCCUCCAGCACCGAGCUUGGAUCAGCAAACAGCAGAGAGACCAUGCCUGCCGAGAAGAAGCCCAUGCGUUAUGCGCAUCUCGAAGGUCACACAGAUGUUUGUUUUAAUGAGACUGGAAGCUGUCUGGUGACCUGUGGCAGUGAUGGAGACAUUCGGAUCUGGGAAAAUAUAGAAGAUGAUGACCCCAAGUCCAUCAAUGUUGGAGAAAAGGCGUAUUCAUUUGCUUUAAAAAAUGGAAAAGUGGUCACUGCAUCUUCCAAUAAUGCAGUUCAGAUGCACACGUUUCCGGAUGGAGACCCGGAUGGAAUUCUGACACGCUUCACCACCAAUGCUAAUCACGUGGUCUUUAAUUCUGACGGCACUAAAAUUGCAGCAGGUUCAGGCGAUUUCUUGGUAAAAGUUGUGCAGGUGGAUGACAGUAGUGUACAGAAGACUCUGCGUGGACACAGCGCUCCUGUAUUGAGCGUUGCAUUUGAUCCCAAGGAUGAGUAUUUGGCCUCUGCAGGAUGUGACGGAACAGUAAGAAUUUGGAACAUCGAAGAACAGGUUUGUGAGGUAAACCUGUCCCUUUUACCAAAAUGCAAUGAUGUUAUCAAUGCCAAGUCUAUUUGCCGCCUGUCAUGGCAGCCGAAGAAUGGAAAGUUGCUUGCUGUUCCAGUUGAUAAAACAAUUCAGUUUUAUGAGAGAGAUGCUUGGAUGAUAAGUUUUACCUUAUCCGAUGACUUCAUAACUCAGCCCCUGAAUGUGGUGACUUGGUCUCCAUGCGGACAGUUUAUCGUAGCUGGAAGUAUCAAUGGCCGUAUAGCGGCUUGGAACGUGUUAAACAAAACCUGCUUGGAAAGGGUGGAACACGAAAAGGGAUUUACGGUCUGUUGUCUCUCGUGGCAUCCAAAGCUGGCUCAGGUUGCUUACACUGACAAUGAAGGCAAUCUGGGAGUGCUUGAGAAUGUCUGCCAAGGGGGCACCAUGUCAGCCAGCACCAAGGUGUCAAGUGCUGCAAAAAAAGACUACGAUGAGCUCUUUGACGGUGACGACGACGGCGAUGAAGACUUUUUGAAUGGAGAUAUGAUUGAUCACGAGGCUUCAGUAGGAAACGAAGAUGAUGAUGACUUCACACCUAUUUCUGGUCACGUGAAAAAGCGAGCCAUCUUGGAUGACGAUGACAAUUCUUUAGAUGUCCCAUCCUUGAAAGCUAAUGAUGCUGAGAAACCAGGAGGGCAGGAGGGCGAUCAGUCCUUCAAGGCACAAGCUGUUCCUUAUCCUUCAAAACCUACUUAUAGUGGUCCAAUGCCAACCCCUCCACAAAAGCCUUUCCAGCCGGGCUCUACCCCUUCACAUCUUUUACAUCGCUUCAUGAUGUGGAAUUCUAUCGGUGUUAUACGCUGCUACAAUGAUGAACAGGACAAUGCCAUAGAUGUAGAGUUUCAUGACACGUCCAUACACCACGCAAUCCACUUGACUAAUACCCUCAACCACACUAUAGCAGAUAUGUCCCAAGAAGCUGUGCUGCUGGCUUGUGAUGGCACUGAAGAGCUAGCAAGCAAACUUCAGUGUCUGCACUUCAGCUCAUGGGACAACAGCAAGGAAUGGAUGGUGGACAUGCCCAAAGGAGAGGACAUCCAAGCAGUGUGCAUGGGCCAGGGAUGGGUGGCAUGCGCUACAAAUGCCUUAUUAGUUCGCAUCUUCACUGUAGGUGGAGUUCAGAAGGAGAUCUUCAGCCUUCUCGGGCCCGUGGUCUGCAUGGCAGGGCAUGGGGAGCAGCUUCUCAUUGUUUAUCACAGAGGGACUGGCUUUGACGGAGACCAGUGUCUUGGAGUACAGCUUCUUGAGCUUGGUAAACGAAAGAGGCAGGUCUUGCAUGGCAACCCCCUUCCACUGUCUAAGAAAAGUUCCCUCUCCUGGCUUGGAUUCAGCGCUGAAGGGAGCCCCUGUUACGUAGAUUCAGAGGGUGUUGUGCGGCUGCUGAACAGAUCCCUUGGACAUACCUGGACGCCCGUGUGUAACACCAGGGAACAUUGCAAAGGAAAGUCAGAUCACUGCUGGGUGGUCGGUGUCCAUGAGAACCCCCAGCAGUUAAGGUGCAUCCCUUGUAAAGGCUCAAGGUUUCCACCAACGCUUCCGCGUCCAGCUGUGGCUAUUCUGCCCUUCAAAUUUCCUUACUGUCAAAUUACUACAGAGAAGGGACAGAUGGAGGAACAAUACUGGAGGUCUCAACUGUUCACCAAUUAUCUUGAUUAUUUGGCUAAAAAUGGAUAUGAAUGUGAUGACAAUAUAAAAACCGAAGCUGAAAAGGAACAGCAGGAAUUGUUAAUGAAGAUGUUUGCUUUGUCUUGCAAACUGGAGCGUGAAUUUCGCUGCAUGGAACUGUCCGAGCUCAUGACUCAGAACGUGAUGAACCUGGCUAUUAAGUAUGCCUCGCGCUCCAAGAGACUAAUUCUAGCCCAGCGGCUCAGCGAAAUGGCUCUAGAGAAGGCAGCGGAAUUGUCUUCGGCUCAACAACAAGACGAGGAGGAAGAAGAGGAAGAUUUCCGGAGCAGGCUGAAUGCUGGAUACAGCAGGACUGACACAGAAUGGGGGAGGCCAAGCUCAAAACCAGCAGCACAUGAACAUGAAGCGGAAAUGAAUUGUGAAGAUGGGGAUGAGGAAAUGGAAGAAGCUCAACCUGAAACUCCCAACUUGAAUAAAAAGACUGCUACCAAUCCUUUCAGCAAAACUAUCACUUCACCUGAACAACCUACCUCAAAAUCCGGUACAAUCGUGUCUAGCAACCAAGGCAGAGUUAACCCUUUUAAGGUAUCUGCAAGUCAGAAGAGCCCAGCGAUGGCAGGCAGCUCAUCCCGCAUCCUAGAUAACAUGAGUAAAUUAACAAAGAAAACACCUGCUGCUGGAAACCAGUCUUCAAGCAAGUCUGAUUCCCCGGUCAUAAAGCCUCUUGCUCCAAAGGCAAAACCUAAGCAGGGUCAGGCUACAUUAUUCCAGAAUAUCCAACCUAAAUCCACUGCAAAGAAAAUACAAGAAAAAGUAAAUCCAACACAACAGACGACGCCUAAUUCUGCCCCGGAAAUAAUUCAACAGAAAAAAUCUAAAACAGGCUUCCAGCUAUGGUUGGAUGAAAAUCGCCCGAGUAUCUUGUCUGAAAAUCCUGAACUUGACGAGUCUGAGAUUAUUAGGGAGGGCAUGAGCCGUUUCAGGGCACUAACUAAUGAAGACAGGAUGCUGUGGACAGAAAAAGCCAAAGGAGACGAUUCUGCAGAUCCAAAAAAGAGGAAACGAGAAGAGCAAAAACAUCGUGAAUCUCAGGAAGGGCCAGAUGGAGAGACGCAGGAUCAAAGCAAUACCGUGAAAAAACGCAAACCUUUGGCCCAGUCGGCAAAUAACAAGCUUUCUGCAUUUGCCUUUAAGAAAGACUGAGAUUUUCUCCACCACAGCUGUGUGAAUGCGUCCUAAGGGGAAAGAGCAGGUGGUCUUUCCGGGUCCAUUCACAAUGUGUCAGGGGGGAAGAGAUGCCACCUCACUGGAAAACAGCUAUUGCCCAGCACUGGCUCCGCUGCUGUGAAAGCUUCAGUACAUUUGAGAUGAGACAACUACUUGUUGUAAAGGGGCCAAGGCUGUAACCAAUUAUGUGGCUUCAGGGUUUACUACACAGAGCCCACAAUGUAGUCAUUCUGUCCCCAAGAGCAAAAUGUUGGUUAAACAGGUGCGUCCUUUUCCAUUAAGCGCAUCUAUGGAUGAGAGUGCUUGCACAGUACGGUUCAUACAUGCAUCCCUCACCUAUAGACACGGACUGUGUGAGCAGGAGCGUCCGAAACCAGGGUCCUUCCAUCAGUUCUCAGUGAAUGAAUCCUAUUUAAGGUUUAGUGGGUUCACAGUGAGAACCCCUUUAAGAUGCACAUCCUUAAUUUAGUUGUAGUCUUUGGUUGCAGAACCAGAUUCUCUUUGUACGUUUUGUUAUAGAUGUUCUCUGUAAACUAGUUGUUAUAUUUUACGUGUGUUUCAUACCUGAAGACUAAAUGUGUUGUAAAUAAAGGUUCAUA